GCCAAAACGAUAAGCCAGGCACCAUUCUGAGAACUUGCUGGCCAGAUGGGCCUGGCCUAUAUGAGAGCCUCUGUGUUCGCCAGCAACAGGACGGCAGACCGCGACUUCACCAGGGAGCAGGAGGAUGCAUCUGUGAUCAACGAGCAGGUUUCUCACCUUCCCCUGCAGAUGCUGCUGUACUUCAACAUGUUUUAUUUUCCCUGUUGGUGGUUCUCAGCUGUGUUCAUGUUGGAAGUAAAGUUCUAUUAUCUGCUGGGGUACUACCAGGCUCUGCUCAUAACUGGGGUGAUCCUUCUCACAGUCACUGAAGCAGUUCGACUUUAUCUGGGCUACAUUGGCAACCUCGAAGAGAAGGUGCCAGCGCUGGCAGCCUUCUGGCUCCUGACUUUCAUGUUCCAGCUUCCAGUGCUGCUGUUCUUUCUGACCGAUGAAGGAAUUAUCAUCCUGCCUCUGGAGAGAGCCAUCAACUCCCUAUACCUCCUCUUGCUUCUUGCCCAGAUCCUGGCCUCCUUCAUGGCACUCAGAACCACCACCCGAAAGCUUACUCUUCUGUUCCAUCUGCGCCAGGUUGGCAAGGUGGAGAACUUCCAGCACGUAGGGAUGAGCCCUGUCUAUGGGCUGCCCGACCACCACACUGUGCUGCCCAUUUCACCCACCCAUAAUAUGUACCAUUAAGUGUAAGCUCUAUUAGUGCCGGAGCGGAAGAAGAUACCCUCAGCUGUUGGUGAAAAAAAGAAAUAGACAUUUCUUCUGGAGAGACAGUGGACACGUGAAACAGCCCCUCACACUUUUCACCUCAUCAAAUUGCCUUUCUAUGAUGGAGUGUGGUGAAUAAUAGCCCAGUACCUUACUGUAACAUCAGCUGGGCUUCAGUGAGUCUGUCAUCACCUUGAUUAUGAUUGGGUGCUGCUCAGAGAUAACUGCAAAAAGUGACUGACAAAGAUGUUCUAAGCACCAGAGGGAAGCGAUAUCCUGCACAUCACAGCGACAUCCUCUCAAAUGUUCAGUAAUCCCUCAUGGUGGAGAGCUCAUCGGCCCAGCCAGGACACCUGGAAAUGUUCCCAUCCUCUUAAUUCCAGGUGGUUACACAAUGAGCCGUAACACUCACAAUUUAUCGUGUGACACAUAGACAAAGAUCUAUUCACACACAAGCAAUUUGGAGUCACCAACCAACCUGGUGUCUUUGGAUUGUUGAAGCAAGUCAGAGUACCUGGAGAAACCUCAUUUGUAAAGAUUUUAUGUCUUCAGUAGAAACCCAGUAGGCUGAGAGCGACGGACAGGGAGGAAAUCAGAAAGUAUCGAUAGGCAACCUGACACAUCGCUGGAUUUCAUCUGUUCAUCACCAGCCUUAUCC